GAGGGGCUUCUGCCGACUCGGCGCGCCGCAGAGUGGGGUCCGCGAGCCCCCUCCUCGCGUCUCGGUGGGGGGGGUCCUCCGCCGACGCCCUCACCAUGAUUAAAGCGAUCCUCAUUUUCAACAACCAUGGGAAGCCGCGGCUUUCCAAAUUCUACCAGCGCUACAGUGAAGAUAUACAACAACAGAUUAUCAGAGAAACAUUCCAUUUAGUAUCAAAACGUGAUGAAAAUGUUUGUAAUUUCUUAGAAGGAGGCUUAUUAAUAGGUGGAUCUGACAACAAAUUGAUAUAUCGCCAUUAUGCUACAUUGUACUUUGUUUUCUGCGUUGAUUCUUCAGAAAGUGAACUUGGCAUUUUAGAUCUAAUACAAGUUUUUGUAGAAACUUUAGACAAGUGUUUUGAGAAUGUCUGUGAACUGGAUUUAAUUUUCCAUGUAGACAAGGUUCAUAAUAUCCUGGCUGAAAUGGUGAUGGGCGGAAUGGUUUUGGAGACGAACAUGAAUGAAAUAGUCACCCAAAUUGAUGCUCAAAAUAAACUGGAAAAAUCUGAGGCUGGUUUAGCAGGAGCCCCAGCCCGGGCUGUGUCAGCUGUAAAGAAUAUGAAUCUUCCUGAAAUCCCAAGAAAUAUUAAUAUUGGUGACAUCAGUAUAAAAGUACCAAACUUGCCCUCUUUUAAAUAAUUUGUGCACUCCAGGUAAAAAAUGAAAAAUUACUAGCUGCUCACAAAUGUUUACCAAACCAAUGUUUUGUUAAUUGAAUAAAAGAUCGGCAUACUCCAUAGAAAUCUUCUGUAGU